AUGGAUCUAGGAACGAGUGUGUUCAGUGAUGGUCAAGCUUAUCUAUCACAAAUCAAUUCGUCCGAGAAAAAGGCUGUGAAAAUUCACGACUAUCGAUGGGUCAUACCUCAUAUCAGUGAUGAUGUACAGAAUUAUGGUUGCGAGGAAUCAGAAACCAAUACGUCUACGCAAAUUAAAGCCGAGUUGGACGCUGUUUACGGGGACUCUGCCCCAUCAUUUGCCACUGUGAAAAGAUGGGUAGCUGAAUUUAAACGUGGUCGUACCAGCUUAGCUGAUGGUGAGCGUUCGGGACGGCCAACAACUGCGACCACCACUGAUAACAUCGAAGAAAUUCAUCAAAUGAUAAUAGACAACCGUCGAAUUAAG